AUGGUACAAAAUGUACUUAGCACGGAUGUUGCACUAUUCCUUGUACAAUGUCUCUUGAUUAUUAUUCUCUCGAGAUGCGUUGCUUGGCUGUUUGCCAAGAUUCAACAACCACCGGUAAUAGCAGAGAUUAUCUCUGGUAUAUUACUGGGGCCGACGGCGCUCGGUAAGAUUCCCAAUUUCACAUCCACCUUGUUCCCAAAGGCAUCUGUGAGCAUUCUCUAUGUCUUUGCACAGAUUGGUCUUAUAUUUUUCAUGUUUAUCAUUGGUUUGGAGUUGGAUCCAACUCUCUUCCGUUCACAAAUUAGACAGUCACUGGCAAUCAGUACCGUCAGUAUCGUAUUCCCAUUUGGAUUGGGAUUGGCAGCAUCCGUCUAUUUGGCACACAUUCAAGACACCGCAUGGACAUAUUCACUCGGUAUCUUUAUUGGUGUCGCUCUUUGCAUCACUGCAUUCCCAGUGUUGGCAAGAAUUUUAGCAUCAAAGAAAUUAUUAUCAACUCCAAUUGGUAUUUUAACAAUUGCAUGUGCAGCCAUUAAUGAUAUUUGUGGUUGGGUAUUACUUGGUUUGUCAGUUAGUUUGGCAGGUAGUUCAAAUUCAUUGGAUACAGUAUGGACUUUGUUGGCUUCGAUAGGAUUUGUAGCGGUGAUGUUGUUGGUCGUUAGACCAAUUCUACACAAGGUUACGGCAAUGGUGUAUCAUGUCGAUCCACAUGCCGAUACUACUCACCCACAAUCACCUUCACAUUUGGUAAUGAGCGGUGUUGUUAUUGUGCUCUUUACUGCAUCGUGGGCAACAGAGGUAAUUGGUAUUCAUGCAAUGUUUGGUGCUUUCACUCUCGGUGCUAUUACACCAAAGACCGGUGGAUUCAACCAAGCCAUCACAGAGAAGAUUGAAGAUCUCGUACUGGUAUUCCUUCUCCCAUUGUAUUUUGUAAUUAGUGGAUUGCGUACCGAUUUGACAACACUAAACACCGGAGAGUCUUGGAUAGGAGUAGUGGUCAUCAUUUCGUGUGCUUGCAUCGGAAAGAUUGUCGGUUCCGGACUGGUUGCACUAUUGCUAGGAAAUAAUAAGCGUGAUUCACUCUCCAUUGGUAUUCUUAUGAAUACCAGAGGUUUGGUUGAGCUCAUCGUUUUGAAUCUUGGAUUGGACUUCAAAAUCAUCAAUAUCGAAGUGUUUGGUAUCAUGGUGUUGAUGGCUGUCUUUACAACUCUGAUGACCAGUCCUUUGAUUUCAAUGGUAAUGAAAAAAGAGAAAAAGAGUGGAAGUAACGAUGACUUUACUGUUGUCCUGUGCACUCCAUCGCUUAAUAUGGGACCUGCGCUUGUUGAUCUCGGUUACACCAUCGGUAACAAGACGGUUUCAACACUGCGUCGUAAGAAGAUGAAGAAGAUCUAUUUGCUCUCGGUCUCCGAGGUGAACGAUCGUCCCUCUGAUUUCAUCGGUCAGAUUCGUAAGGAUAUCUCCAAGUCGACCUAUGGACAUCUCAUUCAACAGGGUAUCCAAAUGAAGUUGAAGGUAUCGUUCAACUCGAUCGUCUCGGACAGCGACCAUCUCUCCAAGGAGAUCAUACACUUUACCGACAACAAGAACGCCAAGCUGUUGAUCGUCGGUGAAGACGUUGCAAGCAUGUCGAGUGGUCGUGGUGGCAUGAUUUCUCAGGGUGUGCAAUGGUCGCUAUUCAAAAACUCCACUUCCCAUGUCGGUGUCUUCACCGAUCGUUCCGGUUUCAAGAGCAUUCCACAUCGUUUCCGUCGUGUUCUGCUUGCUUACCUCGGAGGAAAGAACUACAACGAUGCGGAAUCACUUGAUCUCGCCAAUCGUAUGGCAGAGACCGACGGUGUCCAUGUCACCAUCGUAGUGUUUGACAAUGAUUUCUAUUGGAAACACAAGCAGCAGACCACCGACGACUUUGUAAAGUUGCCAGACAGUCAGUCCAAGAUGUUCGACGCCACUCCAACUACAAUGUUAUCGCCCGACGGUGUCGAUGCCAAUCAGACACACGAUCCAACACCAGCAGCACCAACCGUCAAAUUCCAUCCUCAGGCAUCACUCAACGCCAGUGGAAGUACUUCGUUGGGCAGAACCACAGAGAUGUACGAUCCAGUCAAGUUGCAACAAUAUGAAUCACACUUGGAAUCUAUCCUCAACGGAAAGAACAAAGAUAAAUUCUCUGUGAUCUACAAACCAAAGAAACAUCGUCAAAAGGUGUUGUUGGAGAUGUGUGUUCAAUACGACUUGUUGGUUGUGCCAUACGAAGAGAAGAAGCAACUCAAUACCACCUCGCCAUUCACUGGAUUCCAGGUGUUGCCGGCCAUCGAAAUGAUGAAGCGUUCACUCUCCAUGGUGCAUCUCACCGGAUCGAGAAAGACAUCGGAUGCCAGCCACCAACAUCCACACUUUGAGGAGAUGGAUUCACUCGAUAACCAUCCAGUGGGUGAUACCAACUCAAAGUCAUCGAAAGCUGAUAAGAUUCAUAGUAGCACUAACAACAACAAUAUCAACAACAAUCAUAAUGAUGGAUUACAAAAGCAUGCUGACCACGAAAACAACAGUAGUUCAGGUGAGGCAUUGUCUGAUCUUCAUGCUUCACACGACGAUGUAUUCGAUCAACACAAUCCACUCAAGGUUUCAAGCGAUAGCGAACCAUUCUGGCACCGAUGCCCAAUCUCAACACUCGUAAUCUACCAUAAAGAUACUAUUCCAGCACUACCGUCAACAGACGAAGUCAUUGAAGUCAACGAGUCUGACGAUGUCAAACAAGUGGAUCCACCAUCACCAUUGUCACCAAGCGAAGUCAGUAGCAUACCAAUCACACCGAUUGGAGACACCGGUAGAAAUGAGAAUUCACUAAAUCCCGACGACAAACCACUCCAAUCUUAA